GUCCAUUUUCACAAACAAUGUCGAUUGCCUUUAAGAAAAAAUGUCGCAUCCCCAAAAUGCACACUUGCAUAAAUUAGGGUCGCCCCUCAAAUUUGAUAUCCAGAUUGUUCGUAAGCAAUGGUAGAGACUCCGGAAGUUCGGUUGAGCUCUAAAAUCUCCAAAAACUCAUCAAAACGAUUUUUGUUUGAUAAACGCUACGGCUAUGUAUAUGAUGACUGGAGAGAACCUUCGGAAGUUGCUCUAGCCUAUGGCCGUGGAAUGUUUUGCAUUGUGCCUCUUGGGAAAGCUUUGUUUAAAAUGGUUUCAGAAUCGGUGAACCUUGCAGCAAGCCGAACCAUUGAAGUUCUUGCGCAACCAGGUCAGCUUUCACCUCGAUCACUGCAGGCCAAUCUCAACAACCAGCUUCGUCAAGCGAUAGUUUCUAUAAAGAAUGUGCAAUCAGAUACAUUUAGGCUCAAAGGGAUUUCACAUACGCGUACCGAAAGCCAUGAAUAGUGUGCAUAUUCUGUCUCAUCACAUAAACUCCAUUCAUCCUAUUAUGUCAGAUGGAUAUUUGUGUAAGAAAACGAGUACAUGUUCGGAAUUUUUUUUUGAACAUGCUUUGGAUUUAAGGCGCGCGUAUAAGCCAAAAACCUUGUAACACGUAUCUAUUCAUGCGUUUAGAUGAGUGUUUUACCUUAUGUCCGUGCUCCAUAUUUGCACGUUGCUAUGCUACUUUUCUCAUGUGUCUUGUAUUUGUGUUUUUGUUUUGC